GUAGAAACUAUGAACGACGCUACGGAAACAGCUUCCUUCUCAUAGCCGACUCUCGCAUACUUAUACAUAUAUCUCUCAAGGGAGUCGACAUACACAGGAUAUACCAACGACGCUGUCAAAGAAACCGUCGCUCAACACCAUCAAGAAGCACCCUACCUCUGACGGACCACGCAUCUUAGUACUCGUGGACUUGAGAUCCCAAGAGUUUUAAAGCCUUCUUGAAUCAACAUUCACUGAAACGUCAAGUUAAAAGAAUGGAUUUACCAAUUGAGACAGUGACAUGGUCGGCAUCAGAUCUUGGGUUCUUUGGAUACACCGAGCGAAAGGCUAUGGUGAUAAGAUCCCUAGACGGUGAGGAGCCUACAAGCCAAGCCCUUCAUACCAAAGAAGACUGGGAGCGAUGGUUCAGCUCUUCACAAGGUAGCUCUCCUGAGUGGAAGGACUUGAAGCCAGGAGUGUGUGUGAUUCUGUGUAGCAGAGCUCCUCCGAUCUCCGAAGCGCCCGGCAGAAUACAGUACCUCCCGUUUACAGGAAACACUUGGGAAAGAAUCACUAGAGAGUUUCAUGUAUCUCGAAAUGUUAAACGAACGAUAGCAAGACUGGUCCCGUGCUUCUCUUCCGCCCGUGAAAAUGACGCGACGUCAGGUCAUCUCAAGAUGUCCUUUUCUGCGCGCAUGUCUUCAAGUCUGCCGGACGAUCUAGCAAUGUCUGCCACUUACAUACCGAGUACUGGUACCACAUUUGCUGUGGCAUAUGGUUGUAAUGAUCACCAGAUGAGAAGCAUUGAGUUAAAAGUGCGGAGAGCAGGCAAACAAGCCUUCCACCCACUCAUGAUGCCAGGGAUAUUUGAAGAGCUAGCGAGAGCGAGGUUGGUUGAGGCAGUAGAAGAUCUGCUAGAUGAUUUUACACUUCGAUCAGAAAAGCUCGAAACACAUCCGUGGAGCCCAGACGCAGAUACGGACGGCUCAAAAGCGCAACAGCAUUUAUCUCUCUGUGUUAAAAGCCAGAAUUUGAUGGACCAAAUUCGUAUGGCAAAACGACAAUUGGCAAAGUUCUCAAAAGAAAUUGACAUCAUAACGACAGAGCUCGAGUCUCUCGGCGGGGUUGAAUACAUUUACAAGAGUCAGCCAAGAGCAACAGAGGUGGCGAAAGUAGGGCUAAAGAUGAAGAAGAGGGUGGACGACAUCAUGAUAGAAUAUGACGAUAAGAUCGAUGAGUGCCAGAUGAUGGUUUGCAACACAUCAUUGGCAAUGCAAACAGUCUGGAACCACAUUGCAAGACAAGACUCAAAGACCAACACCAAGAUGUCAAAAGCAAAUGCUGCCAUCGCAGUGCAAACAAAGGUCGAAAGCGCUCAGAUGAGAACGAUUGCGCUUCUUACAAUGAUAUAUCUCCCCCUGUCUAGUGUUGCAGCCAUAUUUUCUAUGGAUAUGUUCAACUGGGAGGCAGUCGAAGGUCAGUCUAUAGUAUCGAAACACAUUUGGCUAUUCGCAGUCCUUGCAGUUGGUCUCACGCUGCUCACCAUUGCUGCAUGGUUCUUGGGAACGCGGCGAGAGAAGGCCAUGGCGGAUAAGUCGGACAAUUACUUCAACUCGCCGCAAAGACAUGACACAUUCGAGUAUGUUUGAAGAGGGGAGUCACUUGGUCUGACCGAGAUGAGGCAGGGGACUUGUAUAGGGCGAAUCAUGGUUUCAUCUGGAGAGACGGCCACCACUGGAAGAAUUUUCGACCUGAACAUUAUAGGCGGUCAAUAAUGUAGGUGCACUGGCGGUGAUCUAUCACUGAAGUUCAAGUUCCACAGAAGUCGGCGUGGAGAUCAUGAAUUACUUUAAUCCAUGCUUACUGGCGUAUGCGCGAUCAAGAUUUCGUCUUAUUAUUCUCGAGGCUUUAGCUUUAGCGGUUAUCGC